CUCAGCUCUUGGUCUGGUGUUGGGCGAACAAUAUUACUACAACCGGACCAGGACACCUUUUCACCAUACUUGUAAUUGGCUGAGGCACGUCUUACAAGCAGACUACUUUGGUUAGGAAUAGAGUUCCAAUUAAAUCAUAAAGAUCCAACUCCUGGCUGGAUGAGAGUUUGUUCUUAAACUUAAGCCUAAUCCCGGAGCUCGGGUACAACAUUUGGGUAUCAGAGCUUGUUGUCGAGCAUCCUCCUGAGGCCAAACAACACACUUCCAUUCCUUUUCUCCUCUCCAUAAACUACUACUUUAUUCCCUUUUCAUCUCCUUCCUUGCUAUUAUGUCAAACACAUCCAACAACCUUUCCAACGAAGAACUUCUAGCUUCCAAUUCCUCCCUCAAAGCCCAAGUUGAGUACUUGGCAAAACAAGUUGCCGAACUCACCAAGCUCAUGAUGAACAUGGUGAACACCCCGGAAGAAAGCGAUGAAGAAGAAGAGGUUCCUCUCGAAGAUAACUCUAGUAACACCUCUAGAAGAGAGAAUUAUGAACGAGGAGCUAAUGAUUUUAAGGUUGACAUACCAACCUUUGAAGGAAAGAAUGAUCCCGACGACUUUCUAGAGUGGCUCGAGACUGUUGAGCGCGUCUUUGACUUCAAAGAUGUGCCCUAGGAGAAGAAAGUCAAAAUCGUGGCGCUGAAGUUCCGGAAAGGUUCGGCUUCAUCUUCUUCAAAGAGGAUGAGGUCUUUUUGGCUUUGGAGUUCAUGGUGUUCAGCUUGUAAUAUGGUGG